AUGGUUUUGUUGUUACCGUACGAAGGCCGACAAUCAACAUGGUUUGGGCCGAGGUGUGAGAAAACAUUGCAAGUCAUCCAACCCCACCGACACCACCGGAAAACGACCCGGGACGACCGACCGCCUGCAAACCACCACAGCCACACUCAACCUACCCACUUGGACCCCAGAAUACAGCCCCACUCUGAUUGCAGAGAUGACACCGCGCUAUUUUUUGAGUCGAGGGACCAUACAAGGCCAAGUUCGUCCACUAUCGGGAAUGCCAGCAUGCCUUCCCCAGCUUUCUCAUCGCCUAUCCCCGUGUCCAGCCGAUCCUCUCACCGCUCCGGAAGGUCCAGUGCGGCAUCCUUUGAAUCCGACUUCAAUUUGCGCCCAAUUCUCAGCUCGGUUUUUGGGCAGGACAGAAAGUUGAGGCCAGAGGAGAUUGAUGAGUUGCGGGAUGCUUUUAAGGAGUUUGAUAAGAACAAAGACGGUUUCAUCAGCUGUAAAGACCUGGGAAACUGUAUGAGAUCCAUGGGAUACAUGCCUACUGAAAUGGAGUUGAUAGAACUGAGCCAACAGAUCAACAUGAAUUUGGGAGGUCAUGUUGAUUUUGAGGAUUUUGUGGAGUUGAUGGGCCCCAAACUUCUCGCUGAAACUGCAGAUAUGAUUGGUGUGAAAGAACUAAGAGAUGCCUUCAAAGAGUUUGACACCAACGGUGAUGGAGCGAUAAGCACAUCUGAGCUGAGAGAAGCCAUGAGGACGUUGCUGGGACAACAGGUUGGCCACAGGGACAUAGAGGAUAUCCUGAGAGACAUUGACUUGAAUGGUGAUGGGCAUGUUGACUUUGAAGAGUUUGUACGAAUGAUGUUCCGCUGAGAGGAGGAGUGGACAACAUGGCUUCAAGUUAUUUUUGCUGAAUGUGAACCUCUGCUUUUCUCAUUCGAUGAUGAAAAAGUGGCAGAGGAAAUAUUAGGACCUCUGAGAAAUGUUUUCCUGAGGGAAACUGGAAUUAAAGCCCUUUACAUCUAAGGGGAAACGGAUGAACACUGUUCUCCCCAAAAUAGUGUUCUUCUCUAAAAGCCCCACAGUCCAACAGAGGCAAAUUCUACUGUAGUUUACAGACUGACUUGCUUAUGGUUUCCUGCACUUUUAGCCCUCCACAAACUGUAUACACUUGUGUGUAGCCUGCUAUUUAGGCAAGUUUUGUUUCUCGACCGUUAAAGGGCAAUCCGCCAUUGAAACAAUAACGCUUGUGUUUUGGUAAAAGGCUAAGGAAUAAGCCUGGAGAAAUGGAACCACUUUGAAACUCAUGAACAGCUCAAGGACUGACCAUCCAUGAUAUCAACAUUCUAGUUUUAACCAUGUCUGAGGCAAUACCGUGUUUGUUUACGUUUAUAAACAUUUGCGUAAAACAUGCUGAUAUUUUGGGUUCCGAUGAGGUACGAUAGUUGAUCCAUGCUCAUGAGGCGUCUGUUAUAUUCUUCAAGAAUCAAUGGGUAUACAGUAUAUCAUUAAUAUAUGAGUCCAAAAACUGAUGUAGCAACUGUAGAUUUCCCCUUUAAAUGUCAAUAUUACUUGUGACUACUGGUAAAUUCUUCAAGUUUGGGUAAUAGAGUGAGAAAAGCAGAGAGUGUCAUUUGUGUGACUGAUCACAAAUGGGUUUGUAUGUAUGUACGUGUUAUAUCUAAUGACCAAGAACUCCAGCACGUUACUUGUGAGAACAGAAGAGUGCAUAGUUUUGAGUGUUUAUGUCCCACAGAUGUGUGUGUUUGUGCACCUAUUUUUACUGUCCUUGUACCCACCAUCUCGAGGCUUAUAAAUGAUUUGUUUUAUACUGCUUAAUUUGGAUAUCCUAUCUGUGUGACCCUGGGUCUGAACGAAAGAUCUCAGAAAGCAGCAGCAAUUUUACACUUUCAUUCAUUUAAUUAACUGGUCCCUGAUACUGUAUGAUCGUUUAAGUUGUGAACACUGUGUUUACCCAGUACCAUAAAAGCACUGGAUGCUGUCUGUAAUGUGAUGGGACGGACAAGCAAGUGCUAAGAGGACCUCCGUGAACAAGCCAACCCCAGAUCUGGAAAAUAGUAGCUUUUCUUCACAUUUAUGGGCAGUGCACUCAAAACAUGAUGGUUUUGUGUACAGUAGCUUGUCUGUCUGUCUGUUUGUUUCCUGUAUGUUAGUCAUAGUUUGUCCUUUUGCUGUUGUUAUGCAUGCCAAAAAGACAAACAUACUUGUAAUUACAGUAUAUUGAAUACAUUGUCUAAUGUAUAUAGUAGGCUACAGAGUACUAAAAAUACAUGUAUUUUUUUCAGUUAUACAAUAUGUCCCAGGACUAUGCUGUAAACCCAGGAUAUAAAAGAUAUUACAAGACGAACGUAAUAAGCCUAGCCUAUACUAGGAAACUGUGAAGGAAAGAAGUGUCUCACAGGGACAUUUGGACUGACACAUCAAACCUUCCUUUUUAAAUUGCAUAAUGUACAAACUAUACAGAGCAAUAAACUUAAGUCUAGGCACAAUAAAUAUACACUGAACAAAAUAUAAAUGCACCAUGUAAAGUGUUGGUCCA